ACGCCCCAGGAGAAUGGAACUCUUACGUUUAGAGAUAUAUUUAUUAUUUUCUUGCCUCAGUAGCUUUUCAGAGGCAAGUUUGACCCAUUUCCCGAGGAUGACGUUUACAGGCGAAGAGUCUACAAUGACGAAGAUGCCACUGCAUUUUUUACCGCUAAAGAUUCUCAUGGAAGCAGAGACAGAUGUUGUUACAGCUGUGGGAGGACUACAAAUUAAUACGUUCAACUUUCAUACUGAACAGGCAGUGGAAAGAACAGUGGAGUGGGAAGACUGCAUCAGCAGUGGAGCUCAGCAAAGAGACUGCAGUUAUAACAUCACCGUGGCCCACAAGAUGGAGGGAAACUAUAUGUUUGUGUGUGGAAGCAACGGCCGAGAAACUUUGUGCUGCAACAUGAGUACUGCAGAGACUUCGGCCAAGUGUGUUCCCUCUAAUAAUGUAAGGAAAAUAAAGGAAAGUAUCAGGGAGUUUUCCAUAAAGGGACAUGAACAAAGUGCUCUUGUUGAAUCUGCAGGAGAUGAUGAUUUUUACAUUACAGUCUCUGGGUCUCAAGACUAUGUUGGCAUAAACAAGUUUGGGAGACAUAGAGUCGGACCAGUAGACCACGAUAAAGAGCAGUACUAUGUGGGUCUGAUGGUCGGUAGACAGGUGGAUCCUGGGCAGGACAAAGUCUACGCUUUCUAUAAAGAAAAGAACGAAGACCCAGGACUGGACAAUGAGAUGUGGCUUCCCUUUGUGACCCAGGUUUGCAUGUCAGAUAUUGGUGGUCCGAAAAACAACAUGCAGUUUAGCUGGACGUCACAGUUGAAUGCCAGGCUUUUCUGUGGAGAUCCUGUGAACAGGAAACACUAUUCAGAGCUGGUGGAUGUGGCGACUGUACCGGCUGAAAACUGGAUGGAUACCAGAGUCUAUGCACUCUUUAGAAAUGAAUGGGGUAUAAGUGCUGUGUGUGUCUACAACAUGCAAGACAUCGAUCAAACCUUCCGAACUUCGCCAUUUAAAGGCUCAGACAGACAACAUCAAAGGCCUCGGACAUGUGUUUCAGACAGCACAAAGAUUCCUUUAGAAAUCCUAAGGCUGAUAAAGACGACAUCGGAGAUGGAGGACUGGGUCCAGCCUGUGGACAGCUCUGGUCCACUUCACCACAACUACACUCACAUCAGUGUGGACAAUGUUGAGGACAAAAUGAAGAACAGCCACAGAGUUCUGUUUCUGUCUCUACAUAAUGGUGGAGUUCAUAAGGUGAUGCAGAGUAAGAAUCAAACCUUCAUCAUCGCUGAAUACCGACCUUUCGGCCAGAGAGCUCACAUCCACGGCAUCACCCUUAACCCCUCCUCAAGGAAGCUGUAUGUGAGUUCCAGAGGUCAACUGGUCCAGCUGGAUGUAGCAGACUGUGCCCAGUAUGGAGAUACUUGUGAGGAUUGUGUCUUAGCCAGAGACCCAUACUGCAGCUGGAUCAAUGAGCAAUGCACCGCUGAAACACAGGGGGAAUGGCAGGAUGUAGAACACGGAAACAGUGGCAUUUGCAAGUCUGUGUCAAAGACUUCUAAAUAUUUAGCUUCUGCUUCUGGUAUCCUGUCUGAUGACACGAUCACACUGCCCCUUGAGGCCAAGUAUUUCUUAAGCUGUCCUAUAUCGUCGCAUCAUGCUGAGUACACCUGGAAUCAUCCUGAAAGUACGACGUCAUGUAACCCAAAGGAUCAGCAGUGUUUACAUCUGAUCGAUCGCAUGAGCCAUGAGCAGGUGGGAACAUACUUAUGUGUGUCGAAGGAGAUGGGCUACACCAAGGUCCUGGCAAAGUACCAACUCCAGCUGGAGAGCAGAGCAGGGAGCUGGUCAUCAGGCAUGUUAGUCUGGGUUUGUUUAGUGGCUGCGUUAUUAGUCCUGACUUAAAGAGUCAUGUGAUAUUAUUUAGGGUUCCAACGGGUUUCUUCAAAUCAAAUAUAAGACUUUUUAAGACCUUUUUAAGUUUAGCUACUUUGAACAGAAUUUAAUGCCUAGUUCAUGGCCAUAUUGGCAAAAAUUCCUGACUCCUAGAAUUUAGGAAAAUGUAUUUAUUUACUCCAACGCCUUGAUUCCCACCGUUCUGAGUCAUUUCUCAAUGGGAACUAAGUUGGCAAUACUUGGUUCCUAAUUUCAACAUAAAUUGCUAGGUUGUAAUGGGUGGAAGUGAGUAGAAUAACAUUUCCUGUCUUUGCAGUUUGGUCAUUUAGCAGACACAUUUAAACACAACACAGCAAGUGUUGGCAUGGCAACAUCACUUAAGAUAUACCAUAUCAAAUUUAAUACAUUUUAAAGACUUUUUUUAAGGUAAAUGCAGAUUUUUAAAUUCAAGACUUUUAAGACCCCAUGGGAACCCUGAAUAUUGUAUCAUCAUGACAUGAUUGAGUAGAGAGGUGAUAUAAGUUAUUUUUGAUAAAGUAUUUAUAGUAAAUAAAGUUCAUCAAAGUUUGUCAAAUAAAAAAUAAAACCAGUGCAUACAUGCACAGCAAUAAAGUCAAAACAAGUGGUGCCAGGUGCAACAAAUCACCCUUGCACAUAUUGUAUCUUAUUUUGGAAUUGCUCCAGCUGAUGUCAUCAUGUCUAUGCGUGUGGUGAUGUCAGCAUAGACAGACAAAUGU